CGCAUGUUGACCCCCCCUUACAAGAUAGGGCUAAAUGUGUCCCAGGGCGUGGGGUAUGAUUCAUCAGUAGGAUUGCCUAAUGCGCGUUGAUGCACUUCUUUUCAGGGACUUUCUUUCCUACGCCACGGCCGUCGAGGUCAGAGUAGGCACUCUGCUCACCAUUGUUUAUGACGUCACACCCGGGAAACCCCGUGUAGCAUAUUAUAAGGUGAGUGCUCUCAUUGGUGUCCGGAAGCUCUACGUUGUUGUGCUGACCACGCGUCCUGGUCUAACAGGGUUCCCUCCAGUUCUUUUUGUAAGCAACGUUUUCCCGGGCGAUUUGUAUUUAGACUCGGUUUUAAUUGCAUUUGUGAAGACAUUAAUUUGUUCUGUCUGUGAUAUAUAUAUAUUAUAUGGACUGUUUGUUCGAAGGGGGAAAAAGGGUGGGGGUGCCAAAAAAUCUUGGCCGCCCCGGGUAGCAAUAAAACCCUAGCCACGUCACUGCAGAGCCGUUUAUUUCUUCAUUUUUUUGUUUAUCUACCUUUCGCUUUGACUUAAUUAUCGUUUUCAUAUACAUUGUCUCCUCCAGUUAUCCUCCUCUCCUAAAGUUGACUUGCGUCCUGGUGAUCAGGUCGUUAAAGCCUACGACGUCAAGUACACCAUCACUCUGGACAGAAGCGACAAUUCUUUGCUGGUGAACGCCCCUCUCUGCUCUUUGAAUGUCCUCUUCAGACCUCCUCCCGGGAGUGGUGCUGUAGCAGAGCAGGCUAGUACACAACCGAAUGCCUCCGUUUUGCACUUCUUUCAGAGUCCUAUUUUAUACUUCCAGCUGGAACAGGGGCAGUAGUGAAACAGUUUUUUUUUCCUUUCUUUUUUUGGGGGGUGGGGGGGGGGUCUUUUUAAAUAUUAAAAACAACUGUUUUUUUCAAUAAAAAAUGAAAGAUGCUUUUCUGGAAAUUUUUUUUAGUUUGACGUAUUCUAAGUCAAUUUUAUCCAGAUUUCCGUUUCGCUUUGAGGGAAACAUGGAAAAUAAGUAAAUUACCACACAGCUUAGUGUUGCCAGGGACUUAAUGACCUGAAACAUGCACUGAUGUCUGUACCUUUUUAAAUAUUACGGAACAUCGUCAAACAAUGUCGAUAAAAAAUAACAACAUCCUAACAAUUAUAAACAACGAAGGUUUGGAAAAUUAUCUUUAUUCAUAAUUUCAAAAUGGAGGGAAAUUUAGAUUUUUAAAAAUAAAAUUUUUUCUUCCAUUGUUUAAAUAAAAAUCCCCGACCAAAAGAAACCUCUAAUUAUUUAGUUAUAUUUUUUUUUGAAAGUUUUUCUUCAGAAAAACAUUUUAAAUAUCGUGGGUCCAAUUCAAUGGCCUAGAUAAGGUUAGCGCCACCCCGGGUGGGAAGAAAGCUUUUUACCCGUCCCGCUUCAACCCAAAAACAACCUCUGAAGUUGUCCAAAAAAUGCCGCCCGUUCCUGUAUGAACAGUGUAUUCCUCCGCAACCCACUUUCUACGCCAGGGUUUCCAUCUUUAGCACUCUGUGGAGUCGAACAAACAUAUAAAUAACUUCCCUUCCCAGAAGCCCAUCAGAUCCCAUGUACGGUUAAAGCAAUCACAGGCCCAUCGGAGCUCAUGUAUUUUUAAAGCAACCAGAGGUCCAUCGGAGCCAUUGCGUGUAUAAAGCACCCAGAGGCCCAUCAGUGCCCAUGUAUGGUUAAAGCAACCAGAGGCCAAUCAGAGUCAUUGUAUGGUUAAAGCUACAAGAGGCCCAACAGAACCCGUGUAUGGUCAAAGCAGCCAGAGGCCCAUCAGAGCCAUUGUGUGGUUAAAUUAACCUUAGGCCCAUCAGAGCGAUUGUUGUGAAAGCAAGGGGAUGUAACCAAACAUGCACAGGCGCACAAAUAUGGUUAUUUAAAGAACAGAUAUUUCCAUUCUAAGUUGUAAAAUCAAAUUCUCUUUGAGCAGCAAUCAAUUUACGUGUAAAAUGUUAUAAAGUACAUAUAUUUUAGAGCAUCUAAAACUCGCUUUAAAAAAAAAAACUUGAAUUUAAAGUUUAAGAUACAUUUGUAAAUGCACAUGGCGAUGGGUUUUCGAAGAAUACAUCGGUGGGGAAUAAUCACUUAAGCGUUGUGGUUUGGUCGAAGGGGCUUCAAAGUCCGCAUGUGACCCAGGUUCUUAUUGAUUACUGAAUACCUCUCUCCACUCAGACAUAUCAAAUUGAAUAUUAACGCACUCAUUAAAAAAAAUAAUAAUAAUAAUGUAAUAUAUACUUUCAGACCAAAACCCCAGGAGUGGCAAUCACAGUAAAGCGAGAUUGCAUCGUUCCGAACUCUCUUCUGGGCUACCCUGCAGCUCUGUGCGCCAAGCCCAGCUGCACCGAUAAAGGUCUCGGGGUUUACCAGCGUGAGAACCGCCUGGACACUGGGGAGUUGGCCGCUCUUCUUGCUUGGCUUAAAUCGAAGACUAAACAGACUGGAGGGUUCGUUUUGCAGCAUUGUAACUAUAUAUAUAUAUAUAUAUAUAUAUAUAUAUAUAUAUAUAUAUAUAUAUAAAUGUAUAUAUAUGUGUAUAUAAAAUAUAUAUAUAUAUAUAUAUAUAUAUAUAGCUCUUUUUGCUUUUCUUAAAUAUAAAAUUAAACAGAUUGGAGAGUUAGUAUUAAAUUAUAGUAUAUAUAUAUAUAUAUAUAUAUAUAUAUAUAUAUAUAUAUAUAUAUAUAUAUAUAAAUGUAUAUAUAUGUGUAUAUAAAAGAUAUAUAUGUAUAUAUAUAUGUAUAUUUCAGAAAGAAAGUGAGAAAUGAUACGUGUUCGAAAAAGGUCCAUCGAUGAAAUUUUGUUCGAAAAAAUAAGGGUCUUCUUAGAAAUUUCCGGUUACAGGAAAGGUGGCGCACGAUAAUGAGGAGUGUGGUGAAGGUAAAGGGAAGUGAGUUGAAGUGAAGCAAGGUCAACCGAGGUUAGGUCCAGUGUAGUAAGGUCAAGCGAAGUACGAUCAAUCGGAAAAAAGGUCACGCUAAACCUGUGAACUGAGUGCAUUCGUUUUCCUCUCCGCUUCGUCAUGGUCCCAGCAUAACCUUUGCUCUCAGUUGCCGAAUCACCGGAAGAGUCUCAUAUUUCAAUCUAGGCAACGGAGUGCACCCCUCUCGCGUUCCUCUCCUUUUUUUUUGCCGCUCCCAUUUGCUGAAUCGACCCCGAACGUUAUAACUUGCAACUAAAAUUUCUCCCAAUUUACUCUCAGCAAGUGAUUAGACCAGCCGCAAAAAUGUCCAUCAACACUUGUUUUGCUGUAAAUUUAUAGUGUCAAUCUAUCAUCCAUCGAUCCAUCUUUCAACCCACCCGUCGGCCUGUCUGUCUACCUGCCCUAAAAUAUGUUUUUGUCAUUAGUCAUCUUCAAUGUGCCACUUACCGUAGAGUUAUCACAAGUCUUUCUCUUGAAGACAAAGGUUUUCGAAAAUUCGUUGUUCUUUUCUCAAUAUGAGGUCCAAUGUGAUCAAGAAGGAUUUGAAAAGUUUCAGGGCGCAUCUGAAUAUAGGAAACACAUGUUUCUUCAUCUCUUAAAACUUCAUCCAGAAGAUGAUGCUAUUCUCCAAAAUCACCUCUUCGUAAAAAAAUUAUGUGUGUCCAGUAACGUUUUGGGGUUCGACGUUUCCUUUUCAUCCAAAACAGUAAGAGCAAUUGCAAAGCCUCCAUUAUUUUUCCACCUAGUGGAACCAAACUGAGGAAAAUGACGCAAUGUGUCGCCAGUGACGUUACAAAAAUUUAACACAUUCGUUUCUCUUCCAUUUUCUUGCCGAUCGUCGAAAUAGAGACAAAAGAGGAAGGAGUGCAAAACGAAUGGACUCAGUUCACACCCAAAGGAAAGCUGGUGUAAGGUGAUGUGAUGUAAGAUGAAGAGAGAUGAUGUGAAGGGAGAUACGGUGAGGAGCAGUGAGGUGGAGGAAUGCGUUGAAGCGAAUUAGGGUGUGGCCGAGAGAGGUCCGGUGAGGAUGAGACUGGACACCACCCCCUUCCGGUUUGAUGUUAAAAAAUACAUACAAAUUAUUCUAUUUAAAACAUGAUGAUUUUCCGUUUGUCCUUACAGAAGCCAGUGUGCGGCGGCCAUGGAAACAUUCAAUAAUGUCUGCAACACCCGGGCACUGUCAACCCAAGCUGUGAACGCCUGCGGGCCGAUUUUCUCAUCCCAUAUCAUUAAAUGCGUCGCCAAAAGGUUUGACAUCGUGGAGCUCUUUACCAGGUGUAUUACUGCAAUAUGUUCCCAAGACCAGGGGAAGUGAGUAAUCUCUUCUUUUUUUUUGGGGGGGGGGGGGGGGUGGGGUUAAAAAAAGGGGGGGGGGGGCUUUAAAUUUAUUUUUUAAGACUGAGUUUAAUAAUAAACGGUGUUUCUCAAUAUAUUCUAUAAUUAUUCAUUUAUGUUCUUGAAUGUUACCACAUACAUUUUGAAGGGUUUCAAUCUAUUUCGAUGAAAACGUGUGUGUGUUUUUAUUAGGGGAACCCCUCCCCUUAAUCCCCAAUGAUUAAGGAGUACUGAUGUAAUAUAUUUAUCGUUAACGGCAAGUGAACUUUAAUUUUCAAUCGGCAUCAUUGUAAGUUCUAUUAACAUACUAUUAAAAUUUAUUUUCGUUGCAGAUGCAGCAAGCUCGACAACGAAGUGAAACAGGCCAAAUGCAGUGUCCCCACCUUAACGGCCAGGUGUCGGACGAUAACUUAAGCACUUGGAGAUUUAAAAAAGAAACAAAAAAUAGUUUCAAAACCAGAUAGAUCAGGGGUUUUCAGAGCCUAGGGGUACGUGGUGGGCAGUUGUUGUUUUUUUUCAGUACUCAAAACAUCAAUAGAAAAUGGCUCGGAAAACGGCCAAAAAAAAAAAGUGUUAAUUUUAUAACCGUUCAUUUACAAGAAAUUUCCAUGUUUAGGAAAAAAAAUUAAUCACACACAUUUUUUUUUUGAAUGAAGUUGAUAAUGAGAAACCCAUAUUAAUGUAUUAAAUUCGGUUGUUUUUACAUAAAAAUAUGUAUUUUGAGAUAUGUUUUUAGCUACGUCUUUUGUAGGAAAAGAAGAAACUGAAUUAGCUUGUGAAAUAGAAAAUAAAAGCCUG